AUGAGUCUAACUUUACUAAAUAAAAAAUAUUAAGCAUUGAUGCUUCGAGAGAAACAAAUUGAAGAUCACUUUGAUCCUGUUAGUAGGCACAAGAAAUAGCAUCAUAAUAUUGAAGAUCUUCGUUAAGAUUAUUAAGAAGACUUAGAGAACUAUGGUAUUUUCAUAUUUCUAUAUUUUUUUAAGGAUUUUCUAAAUAAUCUUUCAAAGCAAAAAAAGAAUAAGAACUAGAAAACCUACAAAUUACUCCUGAAAAAUAAAUCAGACCUAUGACUGGUCUAAUAUCUCCUGCUCAAAAUUCAGCAUAGAGAUAGAGACCAAUCACAGCACCUGGUCCCAAUACAUAAACAAAAUAAAUGAUGAAAAUUGAUGAAAAUGAAGAAAUGAUCUAAUUACCUUAUCAUUCAGAGACUAAAUAUUGGAGAAACACAAAAAAAUAUGAUAAAAGUUUCAUAUUAUUAAUUUAUUAAUAGCUAAUCAGAAUGUUGUUAGAAAUCAUUCAGCUUUAAAAAAGGUAUCAUUAGGAGGUGAUUGUGAAAAUUUUAAUAUUGAAGAAGAAGAGAUAAAAAAUCAUAAUAUGAUUGAAAAAUAAAUUAUUAAGAAUCGCUUGCUCUCCCCAACUUAUGUUUCAUAAAGACAUCAAAUUAAUGAUAGAGACAUCUAAUAAUUAACUGAAGGCUUUUAUCAACAUGUUGCUUUAAUAAAAGGCACUCCUAAAAUACAGAAGAGUAAUCCAUAACAAGGUUUCUAAUUAUAUGAUAAUCUACUUGAUUUGAUGAAACUUAUAAAUCAAGAAAACUCUAGCAAAAAUCCUAUAAUUUCUAAAACAUCCUCUUAAGGAUUUAGACCUUAAACUGGUGUUAGUAGAUAAAUCAAAAGCAAUAAAAGAACUAGACCUUUCAGUAGUAAACUCCAAUCAGUAGGUGUUAGAGCAUUUUAAUAGUGA